CUUGACAGGACACAUCCCACAAUCAAUAUGCAAUCUCACAAACCUGCUGGUGCUAGACUUGUCCAACAACAAUCUCACAGUUUAAUACAUUUCAGAAUUCCAGCUUCAGUGGGAAUCCAAAGCUCUGCGGAUCAAUGCUCCAUCAUAAAUGUGGUUCCGCUUCAGCACCUCAGGUCUCCACAGAACAACAAAAUAAGAAGGCUGCGUUUGCAAUUGCAUUUGGCGUGUUCUUUGGAGGCAUUACUAUUCUUUUGUUGCUGGUUCGUCUGCUUGUCUCAAUCAGGGUCAAGGGUUUAACAGCCAAAAAUGCCAUGGAGAACAACAGUGGAGAUAUGGCAACCUCAUUCAACUCCACUUCAGAACAAACAUUGGUGGUGAUGCCAAGAUGCAAGGGAGAAGAAUGCAAGCUCAGAUUCACUGACAUUUUGAAAGCUACGAACAACUUUGACGAGAAGAACAUCGUUGGUUGUGGAGGCUAUGGAUUAGUCUACAAGGCAGAGCUACAUGACGGCUCCAAGCUGGCAAUCAAAAAGCUCAAUGGUGAAAUGUGUCUGGUGGAAAGAGAAUUCAGUGCAGAGGUCGAUGCUCUCUCCAUGGCACAGCAUGAAAAUCUUGUGCCACUAUGGGGUUACUGCAUCCAGGGAAACUCAAGGCUCCUCAUAUAUUCCUACAUGGAAAAUGGAAGCCUUGAUGAUUGGCUCCAUAACAGGGAUGAUGAUGCUAGCUCAUUUCUCGACUGGCCGACACGGCUCAAAAUCGCACAAGGAGCAAGCCUGGGCCUUUCUUGCAUUCACGAUGUCUGCAAGCCUCAAAUUGUUCACCGUGACAUCAAAUCCAGUAACAUCUUACUAGACAAAGAAUUUAAAGCUUAUGUUGCAGAUUUUGGUCUAGCCAGAUUGAUCCUUCCCAACAAAACUCAUGUUACAACUGAGUUGGUUGGCACUAUGGGUUACAUUCCCCCCGAGUAUGGGCAAGCGUGGGUUGCUACCUUGAGAGGUGAUAUAUACAGUUUUGGGGUAGUCCUGCUUGAGCUGCUCACAGGAAGGCGGCCUGUUCCAGUUUCGUCUACAACAAAAGAACUUGUCCCAUGGGUUCUACAGAUGAGGUCUGAGGGAAAGCAGAUUGAGGUCCUGGAUUCAACACUUCAAGGAACGGGGUAUGAAGAGCAAAUGCUGAAGGUGCUUGAAGCCGCUUGCAAGUGUGUCGACCAUAAUCAGUUUAGGAGGCCAACAAUCAUGGAAGUGGUCUCCUGCUUGGCCAGUAUAGACGCUGACCUUCAGACAUAAAAGUUAGCCAAUAGGUUAACCUUACAGUUGGGUUUUGCAGCGCCCAACAGGUUCAUUUUGAGCUUAAUUUACUUUUCUAGAAAAAGCCUUUUUUUAGUUCAUCUUCCUUUCGGGUGUUUCUUGGAGCAUUAUUCGUGUUAAGCCUCCCAAGAGUGUAAAAAAAGAAUAAACGUGUACAAUGAUUGCCUUGUUUUCACAGUGAAACAGUAAAAGUGUUUUGUAUUCAAGUGCAGAUAUCAGCUGCUUGCU